AUGCGGCACAAGGUCAAAGUGCCCCCCUGCCAGUACUGCAAUAAAUCCUUUCUGAGGACUGAACACUUGCGCCGCCAUGAAAGAACACAUACCAAAGAGAAGCCCCAUGCUUGUAUCUGUGGACGGAACUUCUCACGUCAGGACCUGCUCUCUCGCCAUGUCAAGCUGGCAAAAGAGUCAGAGGGUCAUGGGCCCCUCAGUCCCAGUGUCUCUAGCCGGCAAAGAAAAUCGGUUGACAGUUCUGAAGUUCCCAUGGUGAAUCUUGCAUCAACCGAUGGGCUCAGAACUGGUAUCGGUCCGGGUACUGGAUCGGUUCUGUCCAAUUGUGACACCCAAGCCUCCCCCUCCGAUGUCGCAAACGUGAUUCCAGCAGCACUCACGAAUGAGUUGGACUUGCUCUGGGAUAGCUUUCAGUUGCAGCACAACCCUUUUGAGCUUUCAUUUUUUAGUCCAGAGUUUCCCAUGAACUUUCAGCCCAUUGACUUUGCUCCGUCUCUCGAUAUACCCACGAUACCAGAGACAACGACACCUGCCAGCGACGUCUCAAGCAGAGCGGAAGAAUCUAUCUGGCACGAUGAUUUGCCAUGCGCCUCUGAAUUGUUGCGCCACCAGCCUCUUAAAGAUGCCACAAUAACUCCUCGCCCAAGAUUGCCCAGCGCAUCGACUACCAUCCAGAAUACCGAAGCAUACUUGCCAUCUGCGUCGAGAAACCCGUGCUACAUGUCCCCCCAAGAGUACGACCUAAUCUCUGCCUCUGUUCAAGAUAACGCAGCUCUUCUUCCCCUACAAUUCCAGCUUCCCUCAAAGCACACCUUUAGCAGGUACAUUGAAGGCUUCUCCAGUUUUAAUUUACAUCGACCUUUUUUGCACUUGUCCGCAACAAGACUUUCUCAAAUGCCCCUAGAGCUUGUUUUCGCGGUGGCUGCAAUGGGCGCACAGUAUCGAUUUGAGGCUGAAUCGGCCUUGUCUCUAUACUACGCCGCGAAAAGCAUCAUAGAUGCGAGACUCAACAAAGUUUCAGCAGCCGUAGUGGAAGCGGCACGCAACUCAACUAUACAGGCAAGGCCGGCUCUCGAAGGGGUGACCAAUGUUGCAGCGAAUUCAACAGAUAAUGCAAACCAACCAGUCAUCGGUAUUGAGACGAUUCAAGCCAUGAUCAUUUGCAUGUCCCUGUGUUCAUGGGAAUACAAAAAUUUGCUGCCCGAUGCUUUCACUUUGGCUGAACAAAUCGUAUUUCACCUACGCCAAGGAGGCUAUCUGGGUCGAGAAGAUACGUCGGGGGAUGAGACCUGGUCGCAAUGGAUCCAGCGCGAAGGAUGCCGACGUACCGUUUUCAUCGCAUUCAUCAUCUUCAAUCUACACUCAAUCUUCUACGACACACCACCGCGACUCAUGGCUCGUGAGCUUUGGUCGAUCAAAAUGCCACAGCAGGAGGCUCACUGGUGGGCUACUACAGCGCUCGAAUGGGAAGAAAUGCGGCGUCGCGACCCUCCCAUGACUGGCACUUUUGGAGAUUGCUACUCAGACCUGGUAGUCCCCCGUGAAUCACGAAAUACGCGGCAUCGCACUUCAGCGUUUGGAUGCCUGGUCUCGAUUCAUGGUCUGGUGCAGCAGAUCCAGCUUACGAGGGAGACGCUAUUACACAUUGAUACUGCCUGCGCUUCUCUCGACGAAGCACCCUUGUCAGAGGAGGUUUAUAUGAAGUUUAGACGGGCUCUCUGUCGUUGGGAUAGCGGCUGGGCCUCGAGCAGGGAGUCUACCACGCAGCCCAUUGCCCACAUGGCACCGCUGGGUUUCAACGCCACGGCUGUUUUUCGCAUUGCCUGGAUAAGGCUAUGUUUCAACACGCCCGUAAGCCGGAGCUUUAGCAGCAGGGAUCCGGCUACUAUUGCAGCCUCCUUUGCCCAAUGCCCCCUGCCAGAACGCUCGCCGCGCUUAUACUCGGCUGUUCUCCAAAGCGCACACGCACUCAGCAUACCAGUGCGGAUUGGCAUUAGAUAUGCAUCGAAAACCCAGAUUUUAUCCUGGAGCAUCAUUCAUAGCAUUGCUAAUCUGGAAUGCGCUCUAUUUCUAAGCAAAUGGCUGGAGCGAGCCAGCUUAGAGAGUCACUACUUGCAUGACGAGGAGAAGGUCCUGGUUCGCGUCAUUGCACGAAUACUAAAAGAAACGCCAUUCUUUAAACCAACUUUGGAUGACGAAUUCAGCGCGACGACGAUUAAGCAGAUGGCAUACUCGGUUAUAAAAUUGUUUACGGAGAUGUUCAAGCAGUCGCAUUUGUUUGAUGCCAUUGGUUCAUGUAUAGAGGCGGCUGAUCGAUAUGCGUCCACUUUAGAAUGUUAUAAUGAAAUCCAAUAA